AUGGCACCCUUGUUGGACCACAUCGGAGAAUCCGAGAGCUAUGAGGACAGACCGACGCGAUCUGGCACGAGGAUGUGGUAUGAGUUAAAGGUUCUGCAGCAACCUGAGCGUGCACGAGCAUGUGGAUCUGGACAGAAGUCCGCUGCCGACAGACGUCCCGUCGAUCCGCCCCCCGUUGUGCAGUUGCACGUCUACGAGGGACCUACCAGAGCCGAAGCUACCGAUAUCACUUUCAACUACCGGGCCAACUUCUUUCUCUAUGCUGAGCUGACACCCGCGCGCCCCAUGGCUCAUGGACGCGUUCAAACCCCCGCCGCGACCUCACCUCCCGUACUGACUGGCAUGCCGGUUUCGGGUAUGGCUUAUCUCGACAGGCCUACUGAAGCAGGCUAUUUCCUGUUCCCCGACCUUUCGGUUCGUCAUGAAGGUCGCUAUGUCUUGGCCUUCCACCUGUAUGAAGAUGUGAAGCGGGCGGAGGAUCGGGACCCGGAGGGCGACGCGGAAGAUGAGGAGGAGAACCCUUUCUUCAAGUACAGGAUGGCUGUCAAGUCGGUGCCGUUCAACGUCUUCAGCGCAAAGAAGUUCCCUGGUCUCACGGAAAGCACAAAUCUGAGCAAGACCAUCUCCGAGCAGGGAUGCCGCGUGCGUAUUCGCCGCGACGUCCGCAUGCGCAGGCGCGAUGGAAAGCCGACAGGAAACGAGUUCGACACCAACCCCGAAAACGAAUUCAGAAGUACAGCGAGGAGAACACAGACGCCAGAGAUACGCAGCAACGCGGAACAGUUUAGGGCGAGGUCGUCGAGCAACAGCAGCGAGCACCGCGCCGCGUACCCGCCUGCUCCGGAACGCAAACCCUCCAUUAUCGAUAACUUCAAAGUCGAGACUUUCCAGGCGCCGCCACCGCCGCCCCCGCCGCCCAUGUCAUACGGCCCAGCCCCCUCCACCAAUGUUCACUUGCGAUUUGGAUCUGAUGCCUCGAGCGCACCGUACCCUCCUCAUCAGUACGCCCAGCCUUCAGCGCAGCCGCCGCCCAUUUCCCCGACAACGGCUUCGUACCAGUCCCAGCAGCCUUCGCCGUAUCAGCCCGCUAGCUACGGCUACUCGAGCAGACCCAGCUCUCAGUAUGCUUCAAGCAACCCGCCUCCCACACCUCGCGAUUCUUACGACAGACGGCCAUCUGCCAUGAUGGUGCCGCCUUCUCCUUCUGUGUACGGCCCUGGACCUAGGGAUCAUGACAUGGUCAGGCGUGAUUCGGACUACCGGAGAGACUCUCUUCCUCCUCGCCAGCUUGCUCCCGUUUCUGACCUCCCGCACAUGGGCACCAAACUCCCGCCUAUGCUACCCUCGAUCGAGAAGCUCACUGCUCCUCCGAUGACAAGUCGCCCAGAAUUCAUUGAAGCUGCUCCUCCUAGCUCUCACAACCCUGUUUACGAGCCAGCACGCGCUGGCACCAAGCGUGGCUAUGGAGAUACUUUCGUUGAUAGCAACCGUCCUCUGUACGACAGACAACGCCCGCAAGACUCCCACCACAACAGCGCUCCCUACAACCACCGCUACGUUGUUCAAGAUCCGCUCGAGUACAAGCGUGCUGAUGGUACAUUUGGGGUCAAGCCGGCAAAUGACUACUACAAGAUUGUCAACCCUCAAUAA